AUGAUACUACCGCUUGCCUUGCUCUCCUUGAUACCCCUUAUCCUCCCUUUAGCCGUCGUCUCUGCAGAGCCUGUUUAUUACAAGCCAGUGGUCCUUUGGCAUGGCAUGGGCGAUGACUGCUGCAACCCACAAUCCAUGGGCAGGGUUACGGAGCUUAUUCAAAAGGUCUUACCAGGAGUAUUCGUACACAGCGUGCAAGUGGGCGAGACUCGUCAAGAUGAUCAUGAAGCUGGUUUUUUCGGUCGAGUGAACGAUCAAGUGGAACAAGUCUGCGAGCAGCUUGCAGGAAUACCUGAAUUAGCCGAUGGUUUCAAUGCUAUUGGAUUUUCGCAAGGAGGGCUGUUUCUUAGGGCUUAUGUUCAGCGUUGCAAUCGACCAGCAGUGCACCGAUUAAUCACCUUUGGAUCACCGCAUGGCGGUGUUGCUGAUAUCCCGAAUUGCAUGAACCCAGUGGAUUUAACAUGCCGUCUUAUGCGUUCAGCCGUUCGCUUUGGGGUGUAUACUGAUUAUGUGCAACAUCGAGUCGUACAGGCUCAAUAUUACAAGGAUCCCAGGAAUUUGCAAGGCUAUUUGGAUCAUAAUGUCUUUUUACCUGAUAUCAACAAUGAAUUGGGGGUCAAAAAUGAGACUUAUCGCGACAAUCUGAGCCAAUUGGACUAUUUCAUUAUGGUGCGCUUUGCUGAUGACUCUAUGGUGAAACCAUCCGAGACAGCAUGGUUCUGGGCAUAUGAUGAGAACGAAGAUUUGAUACCAUUGGAUAAGCAAGACAUGUUUCGUGAAGAUUGGCUUGGCCUACAAAGAUUAGGGGCUCGACUUCGAUUUUUAGUGAGUCCAGGCCAACAUAUGGAGAUUAGCGACGACUUUUUGGAGAAUGAGAUCAUCCAUCCUUAUCUUGCUUCCCCAGAAACAAGUGCUAAACAUGCGUCAAUCCCUGCGAUAUCCGCCCCACGUUUCAUCAGCCAACCAUGA